AUGCAAAACACAAGGAAACUGAGAGGCAGCUCUCUCACCACAAGAUCCAACUAUAAUGACAAUGAGCUAAGCAAAGGUAACAAAUUUAACAAAAUCAGAGAAACGGCCACCCAACCAUAUCCCACCUCUGCAAAAAAACCCAAAACACAUAUCGAAAAACAGAAAACUAGCAUAAUUCCAAUCAGCACUGGCAACACACUAACAGAAAUAAUAGAAACUACUUUUCCACAAGAAUUAAACGAUAAACCACACUCAGGAAUGAAAGAAAAAUAUGAUGACCAAACUUACCAAAGCACCAACCAGAACUAG